GAAAUAAAUUCCUCUGAUUGAUGAAAGUAGAUUCACUCUGACUCGUGCUCUGAUAACUUCCGGCCCCAUCGGGCUGUUUCCGGUUAGCAUGCUAAGCUACCUCCAGUAGCUCCGGAGGCUCCCGGGAGAUGAGUCCGAGGUGAAGCCGGAGAGCAGCAGCUUUAUCCGGACACACGGAGGCUCUGGCGGCUCCUCGCUGUUGGUGCCAGAGACUCUUUCUCAGCACAACAACGGGACUCGUUCACAAGCUAAACAUGCUAAAGACGCCAUCUUGCUAAAAACAGUUCUUUGGUAACCGCAACAACGGUUACAGCUUCCGGUGCAACUUUCCAAGGCAUCACAAUAAAACGUGUAAAAGUCACGCGUUUAAAACGUCUUAUUGUAGUUUAUUUCUUUUUUCUUUAGUCUGCAGUUACAAAUGAUCAGAAAACAGUUCGGGUGUGAUCAACAUUACGGGUCAGACAUCACUGUGAGAUUUAGUUUCAAGCCCGUCCCCGGAAGUGACCGUUGAUGUUUCGGUCGGUUUGACGCUGGGUUCGGUUGGCGGACUGAACCGUUAGCUGGACCCAAAUAACGGCGGAACGGUCACAGCUGAGUUCCGUAACCAGAGCAGAGAUGGACCGACACCGUAAGCUCAGCUUUUUAAAACCGGAAAUGAAGCUGAGAAUAAGAACAGAUGUCCAACAGCUGUUUGGAAGCAAACAAGAGGUUCCCCCUGAGGAGCAGGAGGGGAGCCCCAGUCUGGACCAGGAGGACCCAGAGCCCCCACACAUUAAAGAGAAGUGGAGCCCCAGUCUGGACCAGGAGGACCCAGAGCCUCCACACGUUAAAGAGGAACAGGAGGAACUCUGGACCAGUCAGGAGGGAGAGCAGCUUCCAGGGCUGGAGGAGGCUGAUAUCACCAAGAUGCCAUUCACUCCUGUCCCUGUGAAGAGUGAAGACGAUGAAGGUUCAGACGUCCAGCAGCUGUCGGGGAGCAAAGAAGAGGUUCCCCCUGAGCAGCAGGAGUGGAGCCCCAGUCUGGACCAGGAGGAUCCAGAUCCCCCACACGUUAGAGAGAAGUGGAGCCCCGGUCUGGACCAGGAGGACCCAGAGCCCCCACACGUUAGAGAGAAGUGGAGCCCCGGUCUGGACCAGGAGGACCCAGAUCCCCCACAUGUUAGAGAGAAGUGGAGCCCUGGUCUGGACCAGGAGGACCCAGAUCCACCACACAUUAAAGAGGAGCAGGAGGACCUCUGGACCAGUCAGUCAGAAUCAGACUGGAACCUAAAUCCAGAUAAACAUUUACAACCACAUACCGAAGACCAGACUUUAGACUUGUUUAAGACUGAAGCCAGCGAUGAAGACUGGACAGAGACCAGAGAACCUCAGUCAGUUUUAAACUCCCUUAAAAUUAUUGAAGUCCCUGAUAUGAAAUGUAAAACGAGCAAGAAAACCUACAGCUGCUCCGAGUGUGGGAAAAUAUUUGGCCGCAGCCCACAUCUGAAGAUCCAUAUGAGAACUCACACCGGAGAGAAACCGUUCAGCUGCCCUUUCUGCGGUAAAAGCUUUACACAGAAAGUAAAUCUGACGUACCACAUGUCCGUCCAUACCGGGGAGAAACGCUUCAGUUGCCGUUUCUGUGAUGAACGAUUUACCUGGUAUACUCAGCUCAAAAGCCAUCAGUGUGUUUGUGAGUCCUCGCAGCUCCAUCACAACCAAUCAGAGGAGGACACGGAGACCGGCGAGAAGUCAUUCAGCUGUUCUGAGUGUGGGAAAAUAUUCAGCCGCAAGGACAAUCUGAACAUACACAUGAGAAUUCACACCGGAGAGAGACCGUUCAGCUGCACAGUUUGCGGUAAAAGUUUUAAACACGGAGGACAUCUGACCCAACACAUGUCCGUCCACUCAAAGGAGAACCGUUUCAGCUGCAACGUUUGUGGAAAAAGAUUUACUUGGCUUUACCAGCUGAAGAGACACAAGUGUGGUAGUGAGUCCUCUCAGCUUCCUGAACUCUGGUCCAGUCAGGAGGGAGAGCAGCUUCCAGGGCUGGAGGAGGCUGAUAUCACCAAGUUCCCAUUCACUCCUGUCCCUGUGAAGAGUGAAGAUGAUGGAGAGAAACCUCAGUCCUCACAGCUUCAUCAGAGCCAGACUGAACAGAUGGAAGCUGAUGGAGAGGACUGUGGGGGACCAGAACCAGCCAGGGACUCUGAUCCAGAUAGACUUUUACAACCUGAGACUGAAGAUGACUGGACGGAGACCAGAGGACCUCAGUCAGGUUUGAACUCUAUGAAGGUCCCUGAAGUUGGUACAGGAAGUAACGCUGGCAAGAAAUCAUUCAGCUGCUCUGAGUGUGGGAAAAUAUUUGGACGAAAGGAACAUCUACAGACCCACGUGAGGAUUCAUACCGGAGAGAGACCGUUUAGCUGCUCUGACUGCGGUAAAACAUUCGGCUGCAAGAGGUCGCUGCUGGGUCACAUGACCAGUCACACGGGAGAGAAACCAUUCAGCUGCUCUCAGUGCGGGAAAAGGUUUGGCCGAAUGGUGAAUCUGAAGACGCACGAGAGACUUCACACGGGAGAGCGACCGUUCAGCUGUCCGUUCUGUGGCAAAGGUUUUACACAAAAGGUUCACAUGACGCAGCACAUGGCCGUCCACACGGGAGAGAAGCAGUUCAGCUGCAGCAUCUGCGACAAGAAGUUCACCUGGCUGUCAGGGUUCAGACGACACAAGUGCGGCAGCGAGCAGUCGGAGCUCGAUGAAAGUCAGACCGAGGAGAACUCGGAGACGGAACCGGGUGAGAAACCCUUUCGCUGCCGUCAGUGUGGGAACAGAUUUAAUCACAAGCACAAUCUGAAGGCCCACAUAAGGAUUCACACGGGAGAGAAGCCGUUCAGCUGCUCUGUCUGCGGGAAAGGCUUCACUGCGAGCGGAGCUCUGAAGAAGCACCUGAGGACUCAUUCAGGAGAGAGACCGUUCAGCUGCUCCGUCUGCGGCGUACGAUUCACACAAGGAGGGAACCUGAAGCGGCACAUGGCCCAGCACACGGGAGAGACGCGAGAGAAACCCUUUCACUGCUCCGUCUGUGGGAAAAGCUUUACGCAAGUCUCCAACAUGAAGCGACACAUGACCCAGCACAGCGAGACUGAAACAGCUCAGCCACAGGAAGCAGGAAGCGAAGCUGCGAUGGUUCCGAUCUGACCGAGGAUCAGCAGGAGGAAGCCCAGAGUCUGCUGCCGGCCUCAGACUUCGUACGGUCACUGACGGCAAACCGUCCGACUAGAGACGACAGCCGUUGUUAUUACCAGUUACAGUGGUAACACAAAUAUGUACACAGUGUAAAUGCGGUAUAUUUAUAUACAUACUGUACAGUAUAUCUGCGUACUGAUUACAUACAGCACAGGAGCGUCCUUCCUUUAUUAGAACAAACAUGGUCGUGUCUGUUUGUUCGGAGGCUGCAGAUGAAACUGAUUUUAUUUCAUGUGAAGUAGCUCACCAUUCAUUUCAUUACUGAUCAUGUGAUCCGGACUGAUCAGGACCUGUUAGUUAUCCCUGAGACGAGGGGAACCAGGUUUUCUGUUCCAGAGAGGUGACUUGGACUCAUGGUCCAACCAGGUCAGGUUCUGUUUGUCUCCUCUCACAGAGCCGGACUCGCCGUUUCAGGUCCUUGUUGGUCCGCAUCAGUCAGAGUCCUGCUGGAUCUCAGUGUGUCUCUCAGGACCGUCUGAAGCUCAACAGCCAACUCUUUCAGCGCGUCCGUCCCAGAGAACAACUUUUACCGUCCUGAAGUUACUGUGUUCGCAUCAUCCCGAGCUGUUAGCAGGGACGCAGCGAUUCCAGGCUUUGCUGGUCCGAUCGCAGUCUGAGGAAUAAUCACGUUUCACGACUAUAAUCCAUUCAUUUAACAACACCAGUAAUGACUCAGGUUGAUUUUUAAUGACAUUAACAAUUAGAUUUCUAUAAAAUGUAAGUAUUCUUAACAUGAGAGGAAUAUUGAGGGGAAACUGUUACUGUCAUCAACUCUCAUCCAUACGUGUAGGUUUCAGUGUGAAUGAUGAGAACGUCUCUCCUGAGUGUGAUUAAUAUCUGGAACGCCGGGAGUCGGUACUCUCCAGAGGACGACGUUCUUCCAGCCAUUAUCAGCGUGGAAGCCGGGUCCAGCGAGCGCGCGAGCUCGGCGUGCGGCGCGUGUUGCUCGACGCAGCGACAAACCGCCGUGGCGCGGCGCCGGCCGCUGAGAAUAACGGGCCUCGUCGCGCUGCGGUGGCUUUGAACGGUUCCAGCUGCUGUGUUUGUUUACGCUGACAGCGACACGUUUAUAUUUAAUUCCCCACCGACCUGCCGCGUCGUUGAACUCUGUGAUCACGUGUGACCUUUACUUGGGCGCCGCGUGCAAAGCUGGCCGGUGAUCCUGCAGCAUCAAGUUCCUUUAGCAGGAACCUUUUAACGCAGGUGAUCCGUCAGCUCUUAAAUAACGCCGGGGUUCGGUGUUGGUGCACCUGAGACUCUGCCGUCUCUCUGCUGGAAAUAAAGCUUCAGUCUGGUCCCUCUGCCAGAGUUUAGCCGGGGAACAGCAGCCUCCGUGUCUCCGAGCAGCUGCUGCUCCUCUAACUCUGUUUUCAGUUUGUGCAACAGAAACACUCGGUGUAGCGGAGACUUUACGAUUAAUUAACCGUGAUGUUUUAAAGUAAUCGCUGCAUCCCUGUUAGUCACAUAAUGUAAAGACAAUCAACAGAUGUGUUUCAGUUAGAAACUCCUGGACUUCUCCUGGUUUUCAUGUUCAAAACGUUCAUGCACAUUCAGGAUCUCUCCCACAGAUCUGUGUUCUCUGUGUUCUCUGUACUGAAACUCCACCAGCUGCUGUCGGUGCACCGGUGUCACAUCAGCUGGCCGGAGUUGAUUCGCUCUUCUGUUUUGAGCGACUGAGGGGACGGGUGGAUCAGAACCGCGGGAACAGGUCUCGGGCUGAGUGACAGUGAGCAUCAUGCACACGCUCCGUUAUAGUAAAUAAACACACACGAUCCUUUUCAUAUAUUUCUGUUGGACGCCGUUGGUUUUAGCAGCGUUUCACUGCUGAAGCAGCUGGAACAAACUUAUCUGGAUGUAACGCAGGCUGAUGAUGAACUGACGCACACUGAACAAAACUUUAUUGUUCACCUGUUGACACUUUAAAGAUAAACGUGCACACUCGGGCGUUACCGUCUCUGCGUCCACCGGCUCACAUGAGGCCUUUCUUUCUGAAACAGGACCUGGUCUGGACCGAUGACGUUCCACACGGGAACAGCUGUUAAAGACUCCUGAGGUUCUUCAGGUUCUGAACGUGGCGGCGAUAUAAGCAAAGUGUUGCUUUGUGAAUACAAACUGUUUAAAUGUUUGUUCGCUUCAUAAACACACGGUGAAGCUUUGCCUUAAAAUAACUUUAUUAAUCGCUUUGACGACGCAGCUGCACUUAAAUUCACAUUAAAUGUAAAAGUGUAAAAGUC